AUGGUCGAGGAUUCUAAAGUCAGAGAUGCGCUGAAGACUGGCGAAAAAAAAUCGCUGCCAGCUUCGCUGGUUCCACAAGCUCCUGCAGUGCUAACAUCUAAGGACAAAGUAACUAAAAGGAUGAUUGUUGUGCUUUCGAUGGCAUCGCUGGAAACCCACAAAAUCUCGUCUUCUGGUCCAGGAGGCGACAAAUACGUGCUGUUGAACUGUGACGAUCACCAGGGUCUACUGAAAAAAAUGGGCAGAGAUAUCAGUGAAGCAAGACCCGAUAUUACACACCAAUGUCUUCUGACACUUCUAGACUCGCCCGUUAACAAGGCUGGAAAGCUACAAGUGUAUAUUCAGACCAGUCGUGGAGUUCUGAUUGAGGUGAACCCCACAGUGCGAAUUCCAAGAACUUUCAAGAGAUUCUCGGGUCUGAUGGUGCAACUGUUGCACAAAUUGUCAAUUAGAUCUGUCAAUUCUGAAGAAAAGCUGCUCAAAGUCAUCAAAAACCCUAUAACAGACCAUCUGCCCACGAAAUGUCGCAAAGUGACACUUUCAUUUGACGCACCAGUAGUGCGCGCUCAGGACCACAUCGAAAAGUUGGCCGAUGACGAAAGUAUAUGUGUCUUUGUUGGGGCCAUGGCAAGAGGCAAGGACAAUUUCGCGGAUGAAUUCGUCGACGAGAAGAUCGGUCUAUCCAACUACCCGCUUUCUGCGUCCGUAGCUUGCUCCAAAUUCUGUCAUGGCGCCGAGGACGCCUGGGGUAUCAUAUAG